UGGAUCCUAGUGAGGAAAAGUUAUGUAUAUUGAUUAUCAAUUAUAUUUAAUGUUGAUUAUUUGUUAUGCUAAUAAAAUCUUAUUUAUAUCUUUUUGCAGUCGAGUGGUGGCUACAAUUUGGAGGCGAUGCACCACAUUUAAGGAAGGUUGCCGUUCGUAUACUUUCACAGACAACAACAUCUAGUGGUUGCGAACGUAAUUGGUCAACAUUUGCAUUGAUUCAUACGAAGGUCCGCAACAGACUCUCCUACAGACGGUUAGAGAAACUAGUAUAUGUCCAUUAUAACAUGCGGCUAAAAUUACGAUGUGCUGAGUUGGAUAAGGAGCCAGAGGAACCAGAUAUUGAUCCUAUUGACCUCCAAUUCUACAACGAAGAUUCAGAGCCAAUGUUAGAUUGGGUUGAAGCAGCAGAGAACCAAGAGGAUCCUCUACUUGAUGAGGCGGGAGAUCCUCAGCGUCCUUCGCGUUUUAUCACCGAGGCAAUAGAAGAAGAAGAAGAAGCACAACCCCAACAAGUGGAAAAUCCCCCUCGAUUACAACAUGGUAUGAGUCAAACGGCUCGAGGAACUACCGAUACCCAACGGUCACACUCGUCCGCCCAACGUGCAAAGGCAAAGGGGAAGGCAGUAGCAUCAGUUGCAUCGUUGGAAAGAAUCGAGUCGGGCGACGAGACACCUUCACAAUCACAUUCUCUUUCUCGUUCGGUCCAGAGACAUGACAGCAACACGGACAGCAGUGCCUCAACAGAUGAUGGCGGUGAUACCGGGCAGUCGUUGGUCUCGUCUGCACAACUUGAGGGUGGUGAAUGGACUGAGGAGCAAUAUUUUACACAUGCCACUCAAGAUUCAGAUCAUGGAACUCGACAAGGUACUGGUCAAGUUUAUGCGCGGAAGGGGAAGGGGAAGGGGAAGGCAGUGGAUGAAUAUAAACAAAUGCGACAGAGCAUACAUGAUAUAGACACAGAAAGAGACUCAUCGUAUUCACAACAAUCGUAUUAUGGAGAAUCAUAUGGGCAACAACAGUAUGGUGAUAGUUGGUCAUCCUUCUCUGAGCAACAGCAUGAUACAGAACAACAUCAAUAUAUGCCUCAAGAGCUGCCUCGAACAAAUAUAAUUCAUGACGAUCAAUCUACGAUCAGCACCACAUUGAUGCAUCAAUGGCAUACGGUGUAUCAAUACACUAUGUCAUGGGAUCGAUUUCAUGAUUGGGUCCAACAAACGUAUCAUAUUGAUAUGUAUCGGAUCGAGGACCCUGAUCCACCACCCGUGGAGGCCCGUCGUUCGUUUUGGUGGUAGAAUUAACAAUCAGAUAUUUCAAUCUAUAACGAGCUGAAAUACGAACCUCGAACAAGACUACCUCAAAGCCCGAAAAAGAUAUGUGAUGCUAUUCUUACCUAAUUUACAUUGAUUUUGCC